UUGUCUUUUUGACGUCUGUAGAGCUGCCCUUUUUCGCGUGAGUGAGGGAGGUUUUUCCCCAAAAAGCUGGACCAAUUUCAGUGACCCAAAGUGAAAAAUAGUCUCAAAAGGUGCAUAAAGUGCCCUGGUAGUGGGUGUGUUUGUGAAAAUGUUGGAAAAAGGGCAAAAAGUCCGUUAAAAAAGAGUGAGUUUUGCUGAUGACGCGAGAGUUGAGAGAAAUAAGAAAUGGGAACAAAUUGAAAACAAUAUUGUGCAUCUACGGGAGUGACAAUAAAUUGAUUGAAUUUUCUGUUCUAUCGACAGCAUAUAAAUAAAUUGUACAUCAGGAAUUGAUUACAUUUUCUAUAAAUAAGGGCAAAAAGUGUUGGUGUGUGAACAGUGGUUUUUUUUGGUGGUAAAAAAGAUGCAUUUGCAUUUUGAGAGGUGCAUCAAUACCAAAUGCGAUUGUUCGAUACUAUCACUAUCAUGGAUGGGAAAAGUACCAGACGAUAUUCCGGAGGAUGAAGGAUGGAAACUGAACAGAACAAAUUACUAUCAGGAAGGAUGGUUGGCUACGGGAAAUAUUCGUGGAAUUGUGGGAGUAACAUUUUCCACUUCGCACUGCAAGAAAAACAUGGAGUUUCCUCUAAGGACAAAUUACAACUUAAGAGGACAUCGAGCUGAAGUGAUCCUGGUGAAGUGGAAUGAGCCAUACCAGAAGCUGGCUUCAUGUGACAGUUCGGGGAUUAUUUUUGUGUGGAUUAAGUAUGAGGGACGAUGGUCGAUUGAGUUGAUAAAUGAUCGAAAUACUCCAGUGACGCAUUUUGCCUGGUCUCACGAUGGACGGAUGGCUCUGAUUUGCUACCAAGAUGGAUUUGUCUUGGUGGGAUCUGUUGCUGGACAGCGGUAUUGGUCGUCAAUGCUCAACCUCAAUGCCACAAUAACUUGUGGUAUUUGGACACCUGAUGAUCAACAGGUGUACUUUGCAACAACUCAGGGUCAGGUGAUUGUGAUGGAUGUGCACGGAGCGAUGGUGUCUCAAGUGCAACUGUGUGCCGAUGUAGGAAUCACAGGGAUGUCAUGGUCCUGUGAGAAGUUUAAGAUGGAAGAGGGAGAAGAUAUUGAGCCGGGUGUCACGAAUGCUUCCAAGAGAUCUUUCGUACUGGCCGUUAGUUUUCAGAAUGGCUAUAUCUAUCUCAUAAAAUCCUUCGAUGAUGUCUCACCAAUUCGUAUCCGAACGGAUUUACUGGGUAUCGUGAUGGAAUGGAGCAAUUCCAGGGAAUUAUUGGCUGUGGCGGGAACAUGUCAGAAUCUUUCGGAAUUCCUAGAUCCACCCACAACGCCUGUUUAUGAGAAUUUUGUAAAAUUCUACACAGAAUGUGGGACUUUGCUGUACACUGCACGCAUUCCCAAUAGCAGUAAUCCCGUGAGUGCUCUAACAUGGGGUCACAAUGACAAGAGAAUAUUUAUUGCCACGGGAAAUCAUGUGCAUAUUGCAUGGGUGUCUAGGAAAAUUGCAUCUCUGCAGCUACUGUGUCGCCUUCAGAUUCAGAGUAGUUUGCCAUCUGAGGCUUUUCUGGCCAGACUUCCCCUUCCAUCACGCAUCAAAUUGCUCAUUGGAAAUCUUUUUGCUCAAACAAUUCGGUGCUGUGUUCCGGAUGCAAAGUCCCUGAGGGAGUUUGUAUCUCGUCCACCAGUCUGUUCUACACGACUGCACUGCACAAUGAUUCGUCACGAUGACGAUUCAAAUUUGAGCUCAGGCACGUGCUAUACACUCUACUUGGAGUAUCUGGGUGGCCUUGUGCCCCUGCUCAAAGGGAAGAGAACUUCGAAGAUUAGGCCGGAAUUUGUGAUUUUUGAUCCACAGGUGGAAAAUAGUUCGAUUUUCUUCAGUUAUUCCCCGGAUAGUAAGAGUUCCUCUGGGUCGAGUCAUUCGACUGGCGGAGGGACAACAACUGGACGUUCGGAGUCCUCUGACAGUGAUUUAGAUGAUGGCUGUCGAGGUUCUCCGAGGCUCCAGCGAAGGCGGAAAAUUCGAUCAAAGAGAAAGCCCGCAAGUGCUCAAAAUGGCUCUGACAAAUCGGGUCAGAACCAUGAGAGUGGGGAGGGAAGUGAUGAAUUAGCUUAUGUUGAUACCCUUCCGGAGGAUAUAAAGCUCGUGGAGGUGACAUCGAAUAUCUGGGGGACAAAGUUCAAAAUUCACGGCAUUGCCAAGACAGUUCCGGCUAAUUUGGGACAGGUGACGUACAAGACGUCCCUGUUGCAUCUUCAGCCACGGCAAAUGACCCUAGUGAUAACGGAACUGAGGGAUGACUUCCCUACAGGACCCGAUCCCACAUUCAAUCCCAACAUCUUCAGUGAAGAUGAGGAAGAACAAACCCUGUAUUCACCUCCUCCGGUUCCUCAGUCAAGGCGUCUCAAGGAAGGAGCUCCGCCAAUUGCUCCCAUGUCCCCAAGACCCAAUAGAUUCACCACAAUCCUCAAAAAUUAUUCCCCGCGGGGAGAUGUUCCAACUGUGGGAGCUGUGGGGGGUCCUGCACUGGCCAGAGCAGAGUCCUAUGAGGAGGAGCUUCCCUAUGCAGAUUCAUCGGAUCCACCGAAUCAUCUGGCUGAGGGAAAAGUGUCUUCCACGGCAACUUCACGUCCUGGACCUAGCUAUACAAAUUUAGUAACACCCUAUUCGCGGAGUUCCUCAAGUUCUGGCCAGUCCAGACAUGCCAUUUCUCCGCUGUGCUGUGAAGGAUCUGUGCCAACGCUUCAGUCGCCCAAAAAUGCCGUAGCUCCUAGUGACAUUAUUUUUGAUCGUCCACCAGCCGCUCAGACAACCCUCAUGAGCUACUCCAGCUCAACGGAUUACUCCACAAAUGUCCACCAGAACUUUCACCAGGUGAAAAGUGCUCUGAUAGCCGAAUCUCCACGCACGAAUUCCCACGUAAAUCCCGUUCCACUGAAUCUCAAUCUCAAUCUCGAGCGUCUAGAAUCAAAGUCCAGCCAACAGAGAGAUAGCAAUAAUUGUCGCUUUGGCCGGCGGAAAGAUUUGCAGUUUAUCGAUGAAGAAGCCACUCCAAAGAACGAUGCGUCAGCUCCAUCGACUUCAACCAUCCGAAGAACUCCUACAGUCCUCUCAAUUGCUCCUGCAAUCCCAGAUGCCAUGACCAGGAGCUGCAGUGUGGGAUAUUUGGAUUCUGUGGAUAUGGUACCAUCAGAUUCAGCCCUUUUAAUGCUGAGGAGGGAUACACCGUACAAGAGAUUGAUCCUCGUGGAUAGAAAACCAAAGAAGAAUCGAAAGCAUCAUGAUGAUAUCAAUAAGCCAAAACUGCAACAGAGUGGAAAAUCGAAGAGUCUGGACUUUUGUGACUUGCAGCAACAAAUUGCUGAACAGUCAAAGAAGGAUGGGAAGCAGGGUGAUGAAAAUUCUGGGAAAAAUACUUCAGUCAAAGCAACAACUGUGAAUUCUUUCAUUUCUCGCACGCCAAUUCUCAAUCGACGAGAAAAGCCGAAAAUGUGCAGUAUCUGCAAACAGAUUAGCCCAACUGUCAGUUCCCUGGAGAGUGUCUGUCUAUCUUGUCGGAAAUCUCCUGGACAGAGGCAUGAGAGUCUCGUGAAUAACAAUAUAACCGUUAAUAAUAACUACAGUGUUGUUGGUAAGAGUAAAACUGGAGCCACUCCCAGGAGAUAUCCUCAUUCAUCUGGACACGAGGGAGCUGGAAAUUCGGCUGUUACCAACAACAAUGGACUGGAUUUGAGGUCAGUGAACAAACGCACAGAGGUCAUCACCAGCUACACGGAUAGUCCGUUAUUCUCCAGGAAGCAUCGGUAUAAAGAAACGACCAGUAGCAGACGAGGAGAGGAAAAGAGUCCGAGCCUGGAGAGGAAGAAUAAUUUAUCGAGGCGGAAGAAGAGGGAUGAUUCGUUGAGAUUGUACGAGAAUGAUCAAGUGGAAAUAAUGCCAAUGGAGCAGAGGACUUCAGUGUCAUUGCAUACUCAAGCCCUGACAACUCUGGAGAGCAUUAUAAGCAGAUUGAGGGACCUCGAUGAGGGUAGAUUUACUCCAGCUUCUCCUCAGCAUACCAGCAAACUUCCCAAGAGCAGCCCGGCUUCUCCGGCGCCCAGCAAAAAGGGCAAGAGGCAUCAGAGUGCUUCUCCUAUCAGGCAUAUUCUCAAUUCGCCCCUCCUCAAUCGGCGGCAGCGCAAGAAGCAGCCCGUGGAAAGUUCUGAUGAUGAACUUGGCCAGGGAGGCUCCGGAGAGGAGAAUUCUUCCGGCGGGAAGCAGUAUAGAGACUUGGAGACAUUCCAAAAAGCUCAGCUGAGGCAGAAGCUGAAGAGGGGAAAAAUUGAACCAAAUGGAACAAAUACAUCUUCAGCCUACUCCCAGCCAGCUCCACUCCGCAGGGAAUUUGUGAUGCAUAACAAGGCUCCGAUGUGGAAUGAAAAUAGCCAGGUGUAUCAACUGGAUUUUGGUGGUCGGGUCACCCAGGAAUCUGCCAAGAACUUCCAGAUUGAAUUUCGUGGGAAGCAGGUGAUGCAGUUUGGUCGGAUUGAUGGCAACGCUUACACUCUUGACUUUCAGUAUCCUUUUUCGGCCCUGCAGGCUUUUGCUGUGGCUCUUGCGAAUGUUACUCAGCGUCUAAAGUAAAAACAAACCAAAAAAAAAAAAUAGAAAAAGCGUAAGUUAUUGCCGCGCAAGUAUGAAUGUUCUCUCUGGCUGAAGAGAGAAAAAUGCUUAAAAAAGAAACUUUGAAUCUAUUUCAAAAUGAGACAUUAAUUAAGGAAUAUCCAUUUAAUACUCUCAGUAAAUCUCUCUCUAAUUGUUUUUACGUGUCUAAUAACAUCUUAAAGUUGUGACAGGUGUAAAUGUAGUGUAAUUGCGAAAGAGAAAUUUUAGUCCAUGUGAGAGAAUUUAUAAUAUUUAAACGUUAAAUGUUAGUUUUUUUCCUUCGUGUAACGUUCUCAUAUAACUAGAAAGAAUUUAUUAAUAAAAAAAAACCUGUGCAAUAUAAAUUUUUGAUUUGACGAUUCUAGUCUUUGAAAAGCUUUGUUAAUUUUACAAUUGUUUUUAGGAAAUUACUUUUUUUCUAUUUAAAAUUGAUUUUUUCGUUGCAUAUUUUAAGGUGCACAAUAUUUCUUCUCUGUGCAAUAUUUAUUAUAUUUGUACUUAAUUCUAUGAACUGAUUUUCUUUUUUUUCUGGAUUUUAUUUUUUAUUGAAAUACCAAAUGCAAUUGAGUGGAUGCGAAAUAUUCUAAUAAAACUGGAUAUAAAGGAAAAUGAAUAGAAAAAUAAUGCAUGAAGAACAAAUCAGGAUUAAUUUUUGAUAAAGAAAUAUUUAUCAACAUAUCAAAUAAAACCCAGGGGUUAUAGGAUUUUGUGCUACUCUAAAACGGGGUAUUUUGAAAUAAUUUGUGAGCUUAGCCAGAAAUAGCUUAAAAAAAUUAUGUACUUAAUGUAAUUGCAUUAUCGCAAAAAGAAAACCGUCAGUAAAAAAUAAAAAAAAAACAAAUAUUUCCAUAAAGAAAAAAUAGCAGAAUUUUUUCGAUGCAAUAGGAUCUUUUAGUUAUAUUCUAAAACACGUAAAACAUGUGGAUUCCAUCCUUUUAUGUCCAAAAUUAGGCAUAAUAUUUGUUUUACAGAAUAAAAUAAAAAAUAAUCUGGAAGAAAA